GUGGUAGGAGACAUCAUGGGUCGUGCUCUGAAGAACAUGGACAGCCUUCUCAAGAUGCCAUAUGGGUGUGGAGAGCAGAACAUCGCCAUCCUCUCCCCAAACAUCUACAUCCUACAAUACCUCCAGAGCACUGGCCAGCUCACAGCUGCCAUCAAGGAGAAAGCCACAAAGUUCCUCAACAGUGGAUACCAGAGGCAGCUGAACUACAAGCACUUGGAUGGAGCCUUCAGCACGUUUGGCCGAGGAGAGGGAAACACCUGGCUCACUGCAUUUGUGUUGCGCUCCUUUGGCAAAGCCAAGUCCUUCAUCUUUAUCGACCCACAAGUUAUCUCUCAAGCCAGCGAUUGGCUGGAAGCCAGACGACAAGGGGGCGUAUCGUAUGGACAUGGGCCGUAUCCCAGGCAUGGUUAUCUCUUCAACGACAGAAGGACGCCCUACGUGUAUAUCGGCGAGCCCUACUUGCCGCGACCAGAUGCAGGUGCCUACCCCAUGCUGGGUAAUCUUUUCAACAACAGAAUGAAGGGGGGAGUAAAUGAUGAUGUGACGAUAACGGCCUACAUCGCUGCUGCCCUGCUCGAACUGGAAAUGCCAGUUAAGGUACGGUACAUUACCAUGUUAGAUGGCGGUGAAGGUACAGUAAAUUACAGUGGUAAGGAAGUCACUAUGGCGUUUUUAAAGUCCUCCGUCAGUGAUGUCUCCAACACAUAUGCUACUGCUCUGCGUGCCUACACCUUCAGCCUGGCAGGAGAAGAGAAGCACAGAGAUCAGCUGCUCAAACACCUGGACACUGUAGCCACCUCAGAUGGGAGCCUCCUGCACUGGUCCAAGUCCUCAUCGGAGAAAGCUGAUUCGCUGGCGGUGGAGACGAGCUCUUACGUGCUGCUAGCGGUCCUCACCAAGCCCAGGCUGACGCCUGCUGACUUGGGCUACGCUGCCAAGAUCGUCAACUGGCUGGUGAAGCAGCAGAACCCAUAUGGAGGCUUCUCUUCGACACAGGACACGGUGGUUGCCCUGCAGGCUCUGGCUCUGCACGCCACCAAGGUCUUCAGCCCAGGCGGCUCCAGCACCGUCACAGUGCAGGCAGCAGGGGGCGCCAAACAGCAGUUUGAUGUGAACCAGCACAACACCUUGCUGUACCAGGAGAGGGCGCUGCAGGACAUCCCUGGGAAAUACAGCGUGGAGGUCAAGGGGUCGGCAUGCGCAUCUGUAGGGGUGGCUCUUUUCUACAACGUCCCUACCCCCAGCGUCCACUCCACCUUGAGCAUCUCCGCUGAGGCCACGCCCAUGACGGAGGGAGAGUGCAACAAGGCUACUGGACAGACCUUCAGGCUGGUUAUCAAAGUCCAGUACCGUGGCCCACAGGAGAGCACCAACAUGGCCAUAGUAGACGUCACCAUGCUGUCUGGAUUCAGCACUGACUCCGACUCAGUUGACAAUGUAAGUCGCCCAAAUUCAAAGGACAAUUCCUUAUCAGACAAGUUACGGGGCGGCACCUUUGUGGACCGAGUGGAAAAGAAGGACGACCACAUCCUCAUGUACCUGUCAAAGGUUGCCAAGAAGAGGGAGCUGGUUUACCAGGUGACCAUCCGACAGGAUCUGCCAGUGAACAACCUGAAGCCAGCAGUGGCCAAGGUGUACGACUACUACACACCCAGUGACCAGGCUGAAGUGGAGUACUCCUACCCAUGUGCAUAGGAGGAGGACCUGACCUGUAGACCUGU